CAGACCGCUGUGAUCCGCGCGCGGACCCGCACUACUCGUCCGCUUGUGUGUGUUUAACGGCGCGACGAUCCGCCUCCGGCGUUUAUUUAUAAAGCUCCGUGGAAGCGGAAGCCGGGCCCGCUUUGUGCUACCGGGCUGCUAGCUGCGUUAGCACAGCGCUAAGUUAGCAUAUCGUCAGCUAGCUUCGCUCUGAGCGCCGCUGUUCACAUAAAACGUUACAGCGAAAGAUUUUUUUUUUUUUAAAUGGAGCAAUAGCCGAACGCGGCGGAGGUCUUGGUGGUGGUGCGUGAAUACAUUUAAGAAGGAGAAGCCGGAAACUCACCGUCACGCCUGAGGACCGAAGCCUUUACCUUCCGACCCCUUUAUCACCUCUACGGCUGGCGUUCGGCCUCUGUAACCAUGACGACGGGGGGCUGUUGCCACCUGCCGGGCUCCCUGUGUGACUGCGCCAGCAGCCCCGCCGCCUGGAAGAGCGUGGAGGAGGCGGGCGCCGACGGGUGCCAGGCGCUCUACGUCGCCCAGGUCACCGCCGUGGACGGGCAGCUGCUCUCCUCGGUCCUCAAACCCAUGAGCCCGCAAAGCGACGGGCCCAUCUGCCGUAUUUGCCACGAGGGAGGCGGCGCCGAGAGCCUCCUGUCUCCGUGCGGCUGCACCGGCACGCUGGGCGCGGUGCACAAGAGCUGCCUGGAGAGGUGGCUUUCCUCCUCCAACACCAGCUACUGCGAGCUGUGCCACUCGGACUUCAGCAUCGAGCGCCGGCCCCGCCCCCUCACAGAGUGGCUGCAGGACCCGGGCCCCCGCAACGAGAAGAAGACGCUGUUCUGUGACAUGGUGUGCUUCCUGUUCAUCACGCCGCUGGCAGCCAUUUCCGGCUGGCUGUGCCUGCGCGGCGCCCAGGACCAUCUCCAGCUGGGCAGCUGGCUGCAGGCGGUGGGCCUCAUCGCCCUCACCAUCGCCCUCUUCACCAUCUACGUCCUGUGGACUCUGGUGUCUUUCCGCUACCACUGUCAGCUCUACUCCGAGUGGAGACGAACGAAUCAGAAAGUGCGUCUGCUCGUUCCCGAAGCCAAGGGCUCGAACUCUUCCCAGCAUUCAUUGCUCUCCGCCAAACUAAUGAAGUCCGCCAACGACAGUAUAGUAUGAGGCUGAUGAGGAUGAUGGAGACUGUUCUGUGCAGGGGGGGGGGGGCGAUUGUGGCGUGCUGGAAAAAAGAAAAAGCACUUUUACAGCAAAGACCAGACGUUGCCCCAUUAGUACUUAUUCUAGAACAUAUCCGCCCCCCUGUGGGCACAUUCAGGUGGCGUCUGUGUGUCGACCACCUCAAGGCCGCGAGCAAGCAACCAGCACACGGAGGAGGGGCCGAUACCUUUUACCGUCGCCAUGGACACGAUGGCGACAUUAAACAGCGACGGUGGGAUCAGGGAGGGACCAAACUAAAAUGAAGCGCGUUUGACUC